ACUUUAGCUGAAAGAGGAAAGAUGGGGAAGGUGUUGCUUUGGACAGUUUUGGCCAUUUUGCUGCAGUUGCAGCUGGGCUCUGCAUAUAAACUUGUGUGCUACUUCACUAACUGGUCUCAAUAUAGGCCAUAUCCUGCUCAGUACUUCCCAAACAACAUUGAUCCAAAUCUUUGUACCCACUUGGUUUAUGCCUUUGCUACUAUGAAAGACAACAAGAUAGCUCCUUAUGAAUAUAAUGAUGAAGAUGAACUCUUUCCUCAGUUCCAAGCACUGAAAAAGAGUAAUCCCCACCUGGUUACACUGUUGGCUAUUGGAGGAUGGAACUUUGGCACUGCAAUGUUUACCACCAUGGUCUCUACAGCAGAGAAUCGCAAGACCUUCAUUGAUUCAGUGAUUGCCUACCUCCGUAAAUUCGGCUUUGAUGGAAUUGAUCUGGACUUUGAAUACCCAGGCUCUAGGGGCAGUCCCCCCGAGGAUAAGCACCGGUUUACCAUCUUGAUUCAGGAAAUGCUCGCUGCCUUUGAAAAUGAGUCUGCAGAGUCCAGGCUAUUGAUCACAGCUGCAGUAUCUGCUGGUGUGGAAACGAUUAAUGCUGGAUAUGAAAUUGCUGAGAUAGGGAAAUUAUUGGAUUACAUCAGCGUGAUGACAUAUGACUUCCACGGUGACUGGGAUCCAAUGACAGGAUGCAACAGCCCCUUAUUCUCAGGUUCUGAGUGGUGUGAAGAUGAGUGUUUCAAUUGUAAAUGUGCUAUGGAGUAUUGGAGGGACCAUGGCGCCCCAGCUGAGAAACUUCUGAUGGGAUUCCCCACCUAUGGACGAUCUUUCAGGCUUAGUAGUAGUGGUAGCACAGGUCUCUGUGCAUCAGUUUCUGGGGCUGGUCCUCCUGGGCAGUAUACAGAAGAAGCAGGAUAUUGGGCUUACUUUGAGGUCUGCACUUUCCUAAACGAAAAGGGCACUCAAGUGAAAUGGCUUGAUGCACAAAAAUGUCCAAUUGCCUAUAAUGGAGAUGUCUGGGUAACUUAUGAUGACAUUUGCAGCUACAGAUACAAAGCCAAAUACGUGAAAGAGAACAAUUUUGGAGGUGCUAUGGUAUGGGCUAUUGAUCUGGAUGACUUCCUUGGUACUUUCUGCAAUGAAGGAAUAAAUCCUUUAAUAAGCGAGCUGAAAAGAUUGCUUGAAUUAAGUGAUCCCAUUGUGCCAAACUGCCCUAAUACAGUUGAUCCUUCAGUGACCCCUCCGGUUGAUCCUUCUGUGACUCCUUCAGUUGAUCCCACCAUUACCUCCCCAGGGGGCUCAGGAGAUGAAAACUUUUGCGUUGGGAAAGUGGAUGGUCUACACCCUGACCCAGAAGACAAAUCAAAAUUCUACAUUUGUGCAGGAAACCGUACAUUCCGCUUCAGUUGUCCAACUGAUCUAAUCUUCAAUAUUGACUGCAAGUGCUGCGACUACCCAAAACAUUAACACUGCUCAGAUUAAACACUCUGUCAAAUUCCUUUCUUCUAUAAAAAUGAGAGGCAGCCAAGUUGUUGGAUUUAAUAAUAAAAUUAAUUCAUUAUUUGUCUUA